GGGCUUUGCCCCUGAGCAUAACUGAAGCAAAGACCUCCCCCACGCGACGCGAGACGCGACCCAUCAUUCGGAGGCCCACCAAUUCAUCUGGAGAAAGCUGCGCUCCUCCGCCUCGCCGCCGCCGCCGCCGGGGAGGAUGGCCGAACGGCGGUACACCGAGCAGGAGGAGGCGCUCGAGAUCAGCUCACUCCGCCGCAUCAUCGCCGCCUACGCCAACUACCACGAUGCUGCAGAAAGGGAUGUCAAGAGAUAUGAGCGAUCAUUCAAAAGGCUUCCUCCUGCCCACAAGGAACUUCUUUUUAACCUUGGUCUGAAGUACCAAAGGCUGAGAUGGUGUAUAUCCAUGAAUGCAUCAUUCAUCAUGGACAUGCUUGAGGCAUUUGAGCCUCCUUUCGACAUGAGUCAGCAUGUAGAUAUGGAUGGUCAUGAUUGCGCAGAGAACAUGCAUGGACAUUGUCAUGCAGAUUGUGCUCAUUCUGUCGAUAGGGGUGAUUGCUUUAGAAGUUCUAUCUCUGUAAGCAAUUCCGAGUUGCAUGAACCAGACGGUUGCCCCAGGAAAGACGACAAGACUCAUGAACUCUCAAGAGAAACUGACAACAAGGACGAGGUAGUUGACAUGGAAAGUUGCUCCCGGCCGGUUGGUGACAAAUUGGGGGCAUCUCAGGUUGAAGAUAAAUCAUGUAAUGGUGAUAAAGCCAUGGAUGCAGCAGCUAACUGUCAAGAUACAGAUUGUGUUGCAUGUUCUGCUGAUGAGAAUGUGAUACCGCAGCAAUUCAUGGCUCCAUCCUUGCAGUUGAAUGUUCCUCCAAUUGAUGUUGACAAGGUUAGAUGCAUCAUAAGAAAUAUUGUCAGGGAUUGGGCUCAGGAGGGUCAAAAGGAACGUGAUGAGUGCUAUAAGCCCAUCCUGGAGGAGCUUAAUCGUCUAUUUCCUAACCGAAGCAAGGAGAGGCCUCCUUCAUGCUUAGUUCCUGGUGCUGGGCUUGGGAGAUUGGCUCUGGAGAUAUCCACUCUGGGUUUUGUGAGCCAGGGAAACGAGUUCUCGUAUUACAUGAUGAUUUGUUCAAGUUUCAUUCUAAACCACACGCAAGAAACCAAUGAGUGGACUAUAUAUCCUUGGAUACACAGCAACUGCAAUUCUCUUUCAGACAAUGAUCAACUUCGCCCUGUUUCAUUUCCUGAUAUUCACCCCUCAAGCUCAGGGAUCACAGAAGGAUUUUCUAUGUGUGCUGGUGAUUUUGUAGAGGUCUACAAUGAAGAAAGCCAAGAAUCUUCAUGGGAUGCUGUUGUAACAUGCUUCUUCUUGGAUACGGCACACAAUAUCGUUGAAUAUAUAGAGAUCAUAUCAAAAGUUCUCAAGGAUGGUGGGGUCUGGAUAAAUUUGGGUCCGCUUCUGUAUCACUUCGCUGACUCCUAUGGACCAGAUGAUGAUAUGUCUAUUGAACUGAGUUUGGAAGAUGUGAAAAGAGUUGCUUACCAUUAUGGAUUUGUGAUGGAGGUGGAGAAAAUGAUAGAUACCACAUACACUGCAAAUAUGAAAUCAAUGAUGCAGAAUCGGUACCGCGCAGCAUUUUGGACGAUGAGGAAGAAUGCAUCUCGAUCAAAAGCUCAAAAACACCAGUGAGGUGGAGAUACUCUGUUUGGAACGGUUGGCACAGGCUUACUGGCUAUAGAUCAAAUUUCAGUCAUUCUAUGGUGAUGCCUAUCAGAUUUGGAGACGGACAAUACGGAUGAUCCAAUUCACGCCACCAUUUUUCACCAUGAUAUGAAACUAUAUGGAUAGAUUGAUAGUGCAUGCGUUCCAUUACUGCGAUAAAACCAAUCUCCGUCUGCCAAAACAUUUGAAUGGCACAGGGAAAAACUGUUCCAGUUCGAUGUAUAUCAAUUGGCCAAUGGGAGCACUAAGGUAUAUUAAUAAGUUCGAUGGUACGUGUUCGAACUGUACAAUGACACUGAAUUAGUAAACGGCAAAUCAAAGAGCUCAACUUUUUUGGACUGUAUUGUAUACUGUUAAUUUCUUUGUUAU